CCCGAAAUAUUGCGAAUGUAUUGAGCGAAUGUGAGCAAUUUAAAUUGAAACGAAACAAUGAGACCGCCGGUUCUUCCUUUCAGUUUAAAAACGGCAAUCGYCGACACCAGACCGAUAUUUAGUGUAGCUUAGUUGAAGACAACAACAGCAAAACUAAUUGGAUUUACAUUUUAUUUGAAAAUCGUGUAAAUUGUAUCAACAAAUUUGAAAAAAAAAAAAAAUUCAGAGUUGCAUUACUGCGUGUUUGGAAUUUUACUUUAAAGUGGUAAACAGUCUGAUCUCAAAAUGCGUACCUGGACCUUAGCUGUUYUAUUCUAUGUACCGCUGCUGUUACAUAUUUCUCUACUCUGCGAUGCGCGCGUUGCAACUCCGCCACAAGAGAUAGUGGCGCCACAGYCUGAGGUGAGUGGCAUUUUGUAUGAGAAGCCACUGCCGGCCGAUCGGCUAUACGACGAGCCGAACACAUUAAAAUAUGCACAGCAGCGUGAAAAAAUGAUCGAGGCAGAGCAAUUGCUACUUACCGGUGGGCAUUUGCAGCUCGACGAAAAUGAGUUGCAAGUACAUCAGAUUUUCAUGCGUCACAAGCUGAUGGAGCUCACCUAUGGCAUGAAACACCCGCAUGAACAUGCGCCAGCGCUACAUUUCUUCAAAGCGAAGCCACUCAUCGAACAGAGUAACGUGUUCAAAUUCAUUCAAGCCAUGCCGAAAGGCGCUAUUUUGCAUGUACAUCGCACGCCGGCUGUUUCCGGYGAUUGGAUGAUUAAGAACUUGACUUACACGCCCGGUCUCUUGAAAUGUCAUACGGCGCGCGGUACUGUGGUGCUCAGUUUUCGUGAGAAUGCACAGAAGCAUGGAUGUCGCUCGAAAUAUUACGUGGUAGAGGAGGAGCGUAAGCUUACAUUGUCGAAGAAUCGCUAUGAUCGAUUUUUGCAGUCCAAGCUGAGCUUAUAUUCGCGAUUGCCGGAACUUGAGUUCAGCGARCAAAACAAGGUGUGGCGACGUUUUGAAGACAUUUUCGACACGGUGAGUGAUACGGUUGGGUACGAACCCGUUUUUCGYACCUUCCACUGGCAGCUGAUGGAGGAAAUGUACGAGGAUAACAUAAUGUACGCAGAGUUGCGUAUGAAAUUUAAGCCACUGUAUGGCGCCAACGGCACGAUAGUAGCAAACGAAUAUGAAGCAGCCGAGUUGCUUAUGGCUCUAGUGGAAGAAUUUAAGCAAACACAUCUCGGUUUCUACGGUUUGAAAGUUAUUUAUGUGGCGCAUCGCGGUUCGGACCAAAUUCAAAUAUUCAAAGCUUUCCAAGCAUUCAAAGACUUCCAGUGCGUCGCUGUAAAACUCUCUUUUCUUGUGUCUAACAUUAUACUAAUCAAAAGUAAACUUUUUUACAGUGAACGCUAUCCUGAUUUCAUUAUUGGUUUCGAUCUGAUCGGCCAGGAGGACCAGGGCAAGUCAUUGCAGGCAUUUGUGUCUAUUUUACAAGAUCUACCGAAAAGCGCUAAGUAUUUCUUUCAUGCCGGCGAAACAAAUUGGUUAGGUACAUCGGUGGAUUUGAAUUUGGUUGAUGCCAUACUACUCAACACCACACGCAUUGGUCAUGGUUACUCACUUAUGAAACACCCUUUGCUCAGUAAGGCUGUUAAAGAGCGUGAUAUUGCGCUGGAAGUUAGUCCGCUAUCCAAUCAGGUUUUGAACUUAGUUUGGGACUUACGAAAUCAUCCCGGCGGCUACUUUAUGUCCGAUAAUAUACCAAUGGUGAUUACAAAUGAUGAUCCAGGCUUUUGGGAUGCCAAAGGUUUGAGCUAUGACUUCUACUAUGCGAUUAUGAGUUUCGCGCCGAGCAAUGCUGGUUUGAAGACAUUGAAGAGUUUGGUAUGGAAUUCGAUAAAAUAUUCUGCGAUGGGUGAUGCAGAGAAAGAGGCUGCGUAUGCGCAGUUACAAUAUGAUUGGAAUGUCUUUUUGGACCGUGUUAUACGUGGUGAAGUUGUUUGAAAUAGUUAUUGUUAUAAACAUGAUACACUUAUAUU